GCUUCCAACUCAAUUCAUCCAAUUGUUUUUUUUUCUGCUUCCCGGGUUUUCUUCUUUUGACCACCCCAAAACCCAAAACCACUCUCCGGUUCCCCGUUCGGUUUCCGGUCCACCAUUAAUCCGCCGAUCCAAGUCCACCUCCAUCUAGAUCUCCGCAGCUCAUCUUUUACAGUUGCUGGCCAAUUUCCCGCCAACUAAAAGCCAUCGUUUGUAUAUCUCUAUUCAUCGAUCUAAAACUUCGAAAGUUAUAAUCCUUCUCCAAUCAUUUUCCGUUUAAACGGCGCCGUUUCAGCGUGACUUCCAUCACUUUUAACCCAUCUUCCGUAUAGGUCACCAAAUACUCGAUUCUUAUUGCUUUGCCUUUUUCUUUUUCAUUCAUUUUGUUUUUCAUCCAUUUUGACUCAAAUUCUAUUUAUUUUUUAUUUAGUUUUCUUGUUUAAUUAAACAACCAAAUUUGCUAUAUAUUCAACAAAUCUAGGCUAGCAUCGAUUUUUUGUUCGUUUCGAAAUGACGUCCGGAACGAGGCUGCCGACAUGGAAAGAAAGAGAGAACAACAAGCGGAGAGAGCGGCGUCGGAGAGCUAUAGCGGCGAAGAUCUUCGCCGGACUUCGGAUGUACGGUAACUAUAAGCUUCCGAAGCACUGUGAUAACAAUGAAGUUCUUAAAGCUCUUUGUAUCGAGGCCGGUUGGACUGUCGAGUCCGAUGGCACUACUUACCGUAAGGGUUGCAAGCCUGUGGAGCGCAUGGAUAUAGUGGGUGGAUCAGCAACAGUGAGCCACUGUUCAUCUUACCACCCGAGCCCUUGUGCUUCUUACAACCCAAGCCCUGCGUCAUCAUCCUUUCCAAGCCCAGCUUCAUCUUCGUAUGUGGUUAAUCCCAAUGGUGAUGGGAAUUCUCUUAUCCCAUGGCUCAAAAACCUAUCAUCUGCAUCCUCGUCAGCCUCCUCUUCCAAGCUUCCCCAUCUCUAUAUUCAUGGUGGUUCCAUCAGUGCUCCUGUCACUCCUCCAUUGAGCUCACCAACUGCCCGAACCCCAAGAAUCAAAACUGACUGGGAGGACCAGUCUGCCCGUCCAGGUUGGAGUGCACAACAACACUCUUUCCUACCUUCUUCAACUCCACCUAGCCCUGGUCGUCAGAUUGUUCCUGACCCAGAGUGGUUUGCCGGGCUCCGAAUCCCUCAUAGUGGGCCAACUUCUCCCACCUUCAGUCUUGUCUCCUCAAACCCCUUCGGCUUCAAGGAGGAAGUUUUAGCUGGUGGGGGAUCCCGCAUGUGGACUCCGGGGCAAAGUGGGACAUGUUCUCCUGCAAUAGCUGCAGGAUCAGAUCAUACUGCUGAUAUUCCAAUGUCUGAAGUUAAUUCAGAUGAGUUUGCAUUUGGAAGCAAUGCAACAGGGCUAGUAAAGCCAUGGGAAGGAGAGAGGAUUCAUGAAGAAUGUGGAUCGGAUGACCUAGAACUCACUCUUGGCAGUUCCAGGGCUAGGUGAGUUUGUAAGCUUAUUGAAUAGAUAGCUAAAAUUGACUACUUUUACUUGAGUCACAUUGUCUUGCAGAUAAAGCAAUCUGAGUGAAAAGUUUCGGUGUUCUCUUAGCAUGAACUUUGAUUCCAUAUUUGUGCUCUCAGAAAGAGGGAACAAAAGGGAUCAAGGUCAGCAUGAGCAGUUUCUCAGUCUUGUUUUAGUUUUUGUUUAAUUUUAUAAAAUUUUUACUCUAAAAUUUGUUGUUAAAUUAUAUAUAGUUAGUUCUUCAAUGGCCCGAGGCGGUUUCAUAGCCUUGUGUUCAGCCCUUUUCUAUUUAAAUCCUAGUUUUGCUGAAAAGAACUGUCUUACUUGUACGAUUGUUGUCUUGUCUUUAGUUAGGUUUGCCAUUAGAAGAAAUGCCUCAAUGACUGGUCACCUGUACCGUUUCUCAAUGGCAAAACCUUUUGUGAAAAUUAGGAUAGGUUGGACUUUCUACCAUUUUCCUUUGUACAUAUUUGACAUAUCGUGUGACAUGCUCCGUUAUCAAAGUCCACCUCUUCUUUUGGCGUUUUA